AUGAGGCGCGCGAUCUGGGAGCGCUUGAUGCCGAGAUCCGUGAGCUCGGCGACGCGCUUGGACAGGUUCAGCUCCACAUCGGCGCAGAGGAACUGCGGGUCGGCGGCGACGAUGGCGGCGGUGGUUGAGGGGGAGAUGCCGAGCGCGGCGAGGAAGGCGAGGACGGCGUCGAUCUUGGAGGGGGACUUGAGGUGGGCGAGCUUCUUGGACGCCUUGCGCGCCUUGGGCCGGGAGAGGCCGCAGGUGGUGACGAGGUAG